GAGCUGAUUUUCCCUCUGUCGUCGUUGCCCUCGUCCUCCUCUCCGUGUUGUUGUUCUCGGUGACGCGACGGAGGUGUAGCCUGACGCGGUCUCUUACGUGUCGGUCUGAAUAAAAGUGGAGCUCCGUAGACCCGGGAGUGACGAAGCGAGUCUGUGUUGAUUUUAAAUGACCAUGGAGGCUUGUGCAGAGACAAGGCAAAGUGGUGAGGUGGCUGUUUCGGAAUCUGAGGUCCAGCAGAUCACCUUGACCCAGGCAUCUAUAGCAGCCAGUCAGAUGUCAUCCAGCAGUCCCACAGUCACACUGGUGCAGCUACCCAACGGCCAGACUGUCCAAGUGCAUGGAGUAAUCCAAGCAGCUCAACCCUCAGUCAUCCAGUCACCACAAGUCCAGACGGUUCAGAUAUCAACUGUUGGUGAAAGUGAGGAUUCUCAAGAGUCUGUCGACAGUGUCACAGAUUCUCAAAAGAGGCGGGAGAUCCUUUCCAGGCGGCCCUCAUACAGAAAAAUCCUGAACGAUUUGUCAUCAGACGCUCCUGCAGUCCCUCGUAUUGAGGAAGAGAAGUCAGAGGAUGACUCGACCCCUGCCAUCACCACAGUCACCAUGCCCACUCCCAUCUAUCAGACCAGCAGUGGCCAGUACAUUGCGAUUACCCAAGGAGGCGCUAUCCAACUAGCCAACAACGGCACAGACGGUGUGCAAGGCCUGCAGACGCUGACCAUGGCCAAUGCUGCUGCAGCCCAGCCAGGCACCACUAUCCUGCAGUAUGCCCAGACCAGCGAUGGGCAGCAGAUCCUGGUGCCAAGUAAUCAGGUGGUUGUGCAAGCUGCCUCGGGUGAUGUCCAGGCCUAUCAGAUCCGCACAGCUACGACGAGCGCUAUCACUCCUGGUGUUGUUAUGGCAACAUCACCUGCAAUGGGCACCGGAACAGGCACUGAGGAGGUCACGCGCAAGAGGGAGGUUCGCCUGAUGAAAAAUAGGGAGGCAGCCCGCGAGUGUCGCAGGAAGAAGAAAGAGUACGUCAAGUGUUUGGAGAACCGCGUCGCUGUGUUGGAGAACCAGAACAAAACCCUCAUUGAGGAACUUAAAGCCCUCAAAGACUUGUACUGCCACAAAUCUGAGUAGAGAGAGAGCAGCCACCAUCCCACUCCGCCCCCCCAUGUAUAGAGACUCGGCGCAGAGCCAUGCAUCUGGAGGCCACUUUCCCUUUUCUACUCUUCUGCUUCCUUUUUAAAAUAAACUGCUGACAAAUAUUCAAGUGACACAUCACAAAAAAAGAAAACUCAAGCAACGAAGACCGUUUUUUAGAAAUUCUACUUUCAUGGCAAUUCGCACAACAAUGAGGAAAACGGAGGAGGAGCUCAACCCUGCAGGGUCCGUGUAAGUGAUGGAGCUUCGUGGUCAUGAUAUUGGGCGACACCAAAGGGAAGCAUUCCAGUCUAAGGUGCUUGGACUCACCUGGCCACAUCACCACCACGCAGACUUUUUACAUAUUCGCACACAUGCCGAGGAGUUAUUGUAUGUGUUCAUUGUAACUUUUACGUUACUGUGUUACUUUUUUGGCUUGCAAAACAUAGAGAGCUGCAUCACCGUUUUAUCUGAGCUGUAUUUUUGUUUUUUUGUUUCGUUUUCGGUGUUAUCUGCUCGUGUAAUGCUAUUGACCUUUUUUUUUUUUUUUUUACUGCAUUACUUUGCCUUGUACAUGAACAAAUAUAUUAAUGCUGGAUUGUAACAAGUUUGUUUAUCGCAGCUUUAAAACAUACAGUGGUGAUGCAUCAUGGCAGUUGGGUAUAUCACAGUUUUAAUGACUUUUUAAAAUUUGAAACACACAAGAUGUGUUUUACAUUUUUCUUUUUAUUUUGCCAAAUAUGUUUUAAAAUAUGAAACAAGUUCACUGAAACCCUCGCUUCCAAAAUGAGUAACUCUGAGUUGGUUCAACUUGCAUUUAUUUCAAGUUACAUUUUUAAUUUGACAUGAAAGUUUACCAGUGAUGAAAACAUACUGUUUAUUAAAAUAUAUGGUGCCGCAGCAGCUCUAAUCAUCUGCAGUUCCUCUCCAAAUUUCUUUACAGUUAUAAAGUGCAAUUUCCGUGCAAAAACAAUCCUGCAUUUGAUGAAUGGCGAGAAAAGAAAAACAAAACAGGAAGUUCACACAUUUCUGUUGAAUUUUUAUUGAGAAAAAUCUUACACAUCUGAAAACAAAGUGGAUUAUUUUGGAAUUGCCAUACUGUGUAAGGUAUUAUGUAUAGUCUUGAAAUAGUAUGCUUUUUUUUUUUUUUCAAUGUUGCUUUUCAUUUUCUAUUCAGUUUAAAAAAAAUGCCAGCACCAAUCUGUGUAUGAAAAAAUGUUAGAGGCUUUGGAAUUUUGGCAGCUGUUAAUAAACGUGUUUCUUGUAGGUGUCGACUUGUCAC